AUGCAUUUCACCGCUGUUGCCCUUGCUGCUCUUGCAGGAUUUGCCCCUCUCAUUGAGGCCCACUACACCUUCACUCAGCUGAUGGUUAACGGUGCCCCCGUCGGCAGAGACUGGCAGUACAUUCGUCAGCACACCAGAGGCUACAUGCCUACCAAGUUUGGAGAGAUCCUUGAGAAUGACUUCCGCUGCAACAAGGGUGCCGGUUCGGGCGCCAACACCGAGGUUUACACCGUCAAGCCUGGUGACAAGAUUGGCAUGAAGCAGGGCUUCGGUGCCAACGGAAUUGAGCACCCUGGUCCCGCUCAAGUUUACCUGAGCAAGGCUCCUGGUUCAGUCAAGAGCUACGAUGGCAGCGGUGAUUGGUUCAAGGUUCAGCAAGACAUUCUCUGCAAGUCUGGUAACCCUCAGGCCCUCAAGACCGAUGCAUGGUGCAUCUGGAAGAAGAACAACAUCGAGUUCACUGUCCCUGACAACAUCCCCGACGGCGAAUACCUCGUCCGCAGCGAACACAUCGCCAUCCACGGUGCCCACGACGGGCAAGCCGAAUUCUACUACUCCUGCGCUCAGAUCAAGGUUCAAGGAGGAAAAGGCAACUCUACUCCCAAGGGUGUCAAGAUCCCCGGUGUCUACCAGGUCAAGGACAAGGCUAUCAACUUCAGCGUCUGGGGUUCUGCUACUACCUACCCUGAUCUGCCUGGUCCUGCUGUUGUUCCGGGCGGUCGCACCACUGGCUCUAUCGAUGGCAGAACUUCCGGUACUACUGUUGCUAAGCGUGCUCUUCAGGGUGGCUCUCCUGCUGUCAGAGCUGCUGCUGAGGUCAACAAUGCUUAG